CGAUCGAUUGACUAGCACCUAACAUGAGUGCUUGUAACCAUGGUGCAGUUAGACUCCCUUCCAAAUCUACCAAUUCUUGUCUGGCACAUGUGCUCUUUCGUCAUCUGUAUUGGGUAACCGUCGGGUUAUCUCUCCACACACGUAACAGAUGGCAGAGCAGACAUCUACAUAUACAUUGGACGAAGCACUUGUAGCCGUGGGAUUCGGCAAGUUUCAAGGAUGGUUGAUCGUUUACGCAGGUCUUGGUUCCAUUGCUGAAGCAAUGGAGGUAAUGAUUCUUUCCUUUAUCGGACCAUCAGUUAAGUCCGAGUGGAAUUUAUCAUCUACCGAAGAGAGCCUAAUAACAACUGUAGUUUUCGCUGGUAUGCUCAUCGGUGCAUAUUCAUGGGGAUUCGUCUCAGAUAACUUUGGAAGGAGAAAAGGUCUUCUGAGUAUAGCUAUUGUGACUAGUGGAGCUUCUGUUCUAAGUGCCUUCUCUCCAAACUAUAUUUCAUUGGUCGUCCUUCGUUGCAUAGGAGGCAUCGGUCUAGGUGGCGGGCCCACUUAUAAUUCUUGGUUUUUGGAAUUUGUUCCCGCUCCAAGCAGAGGCAUUUGGAUGGUUAUUUUUUCGACUUUCUGGACCGUAGGCACAAUUGUAGAGGCCUUUCUUGCUUGGAUCAUCAUUCCCCGUUACGGUUGGAGGUGGUUGCUAGCAAUAUCUGCUAUUCCUGCGUUGGCUACUCUCGUGUUUUAUAAACUUGUACCCGAGUCUCCGAGAUAUCUAUGUUUGAAAGGUCAAACAACGGAAGCCUAUGAUAUACUGAAACAAGCAUCAAUGGUCAACCAAAGUCAACUUCCUUCCGGGAUCCUUCUUUCCGAUCAAAUUACCUGUUCAGAUCAAGAUCUUGAUGCUGUCGAAGAUACCCUUCUGCUUUCUCCAAAGAGAAACAAAAAGAUUGCUUUGAAAACAAGUUUCUCAACCUUAUGGAUGCUAUUUUCGGCAAAUAUGUGUAAAACCACCUUUUUGUUAUGGAUGUUAUUCUUUGGGAAUUCGUUUUCAUACUACGGGAUCAUAUUGCUAACAUCGGAACUGAGCAAUGGCGACAACGCAUGUACCUCGUUUACUUUACUCACAGCUAACGGUUCCGAUGAUGCUAUCUAUAGAGACGUAUUCAUCACCAGUUUGGCAGAGCUCCCGGGUCUGGUUUUUGCAUCUUUUAUAGUGGACAGAAUCGGCCGCAAGCAUUCAAUGGAACUCAUGUUCAUCAUAGGGUUUGUAUUCCUUCUACCACUGCUUUCGGUUCAAUCCGAGAUUUUCACAAUGGUUUCAUUAUUUGGAUCGCGUAUGUUCAUCAUUGGAACGUUCACCGUCGCCAAUAUAUAUGCUCCAGAGAUAUAUCCAACCGCUGUGAGGGCUACAGGUGUCGGAAUAGCGAGCUCCGUGGGUAGAAUAGGGGGAAUGAUUUGCCCUCUAGUGGCUGUUUCUCUGGUCAGCGAGUGCCAUCAAACGGCUGCAAUCAUUCUGUUUGAGGUUGUGAUAAUUCUUUCAGGUUUGUGUGUUAUGUUAUUCCCGCACGAAACCAUGGCCCGGGAACUGGCUGAUACGGUUUCUGAUCCCGUUUCGCCGAAGGAAGAAAAUGUUGAUGUAAAUUAGGAGGCAUCUAUUCAUUUACAGUGGUAGGUAGGUCAUUGGGCCUUGGUAUGAUAUUCGGCCUGUCUUACGAUUCGAAGGUUAUUACGAGCAAAUCAUAACCAUUCGAACAAACGCAAAUACAUGUGUGAUAAUGGUUAUAGAAUCUAUGUAUAGAAUGAAAAUUGUUGCAGUUUCAAAGUGCAAACCAUGGGCACUUAUUGAAAACAUAAUAUAUAUUGUUUAAUAUGUGAAAUAAAAAUUAUAUAAAUAA